AUGUUGAGUAUAUUUGGGUGUGUGAGAGCCGUUCCACGGGUGGUGCAGAUGAGUGCAAGGCGUACACUUAAAGUGCCAGCACCAUCACAAAGUAUACCUGACGUAGAGGCGUUUCUCAAGACUAUAGGCAGAGAUUGUUCAGAACUGACUGAGACAUUUGAGAACAAGUGGGAGAACUUGUUUGAGUGGGACUCCAAGACUUUGAAGUCAAAAGGUGUGUCGGUCCAGCAGAGGAGGUAUAUACUACACCAGGCUCAGAAGUUCAGGAACGGUGAGCCUGUGAAGGAGAUGAAGAAAGGUAAGAAGUCCUUCUUUGGUGGUGAAAGGAAUAGGAAGGCAACUGUUGCCAAAUGGAGAGCUGAACAACGGAACAAGUAG